AUUGACACUCAUCUGUAAGUAGUGUGCAAAAGCCACCUCCUCACUGUUGUUAUUAAAGUUGGAUUGAAAAGCUGUUACGGUAAAUUCUCAUUAUACGAGAUCGUUAUCUGUUUGAAUGUGUACGGAACAUUAUAUAAUUAUAGUCUAAUAUUUAUGAUUUGUGAAAGUUCUUCAAGUUGCUAAAAUGGGAGGAGAAGACAGUGAAAGAAACCUUGCUGAAGAACAUGAAAAAAAAGAAGUUAAAAGUCAGGUUCAUUCUGUGGAAGUGAACGUUGAUCAAGGGGAUGAUACUGUGCAGGUUUUCGAUUCCAAUUUACCAAAAACUGUUUCCCUCCUUCAUGGACCAAAUGGAUCCAAGCUAUAUUUGGUUGGGACAGCUCAUUUCAGUCUGGAGAGUCAGGAGGAUGUCAGCAAAGUUAUUAGAACUGUUAAACCACAUAUUGUAGUGGUAGAGUUGUGCAGAUCUCGAAGCAGCAUUCUCAGGCUAGAUGAAAAAACUAUUGAAGAAGAAGCUUGCAAUCUUUCAUUUGCCAAGAUGAAAGAGAUUGUCAGGGAGAAUGGAUUCCUGCAAGGAAUGAUGAAUAUCUUACUAUUAAGUGUAUCAGCUCAACUUACCAGAGAUCUUGGGAUGGCGCCCGGGGGAGAAUUCAGGAGAGCAUUUCAAGAAGUAAAGAAAAUCCCAGGGUGUAUGCUUCAUUUUGGAGAUCGUCCUAUUCAUAUCACACUCAACAGAGCACUUGCUGUAUUAUCCUGGUGGCAGAGGUUGAGGCUUGCAUACUCACUAGUGUUUGAAAAUCAUACUUUUACAAAAGCUGAUGUGGAGCAGUUUAAAGAAUCCGAUUUGCUUGCUUCAAUUUUAAAAAAAAUGUCAACUGAGUUUCCCGAGAUCGGAGAAGUUUUUAUUAGAGAGAGGGAUCUCUAUUUGACAUUCAGUCUUCAAUCUGCAGUAUCCUGUGGUUUUUACAAUGAAGCCAAUGUUUGUCAGCCAACAGUUGCAGUUGGAGUUGUUGGGAUUGGCCACACUCCAGGAAUAAAAGAAUUAUGGAUGAAAGUUUCAGAUGAAGAUGUACAACCUAUUCUAGUAAUUGAGCACAAGAAAAGCCGGGGAAUAGUGAAGAAGACUAUAAUAGUUGGUGGAGCUGCUCUGCUAUGUUAUCAGAUAUCUAAGAGAGUAAACUUUGGUUCCGUAUUCAAUGAGUUAAUCCACUGGCUUAGACAUUGAUAUUGGAAAACAUAUAUUAUUGCUGACAUAUGUUGAUGACAUUCCAACUGUUUGAAGAAUAAAUAAGGCUGUUAUCUACAUCUUCCUUAAUAUUUUAUAUAGGUGACCAUUCUCAUGUUUUAUGAUAAGAACGAGAAUAUUAACUUAAAAUGUACUGUGAAUAAUGGGAAGGGGAGGUUGUUAACUGUAAUUAGAAAUUUUUCUACUUCCAUUAAUAUUGUAAAAUUAUUGGAUCUGGGGACCUAAACCAUCUUACCUGACAAUAUCCAACUGUAUUAUGACGUAAGACAUGGAUCCUUAUAAUAUUGUUAUAUUUAGUUUUUAUAAAUUAGACGAAAAAUAAAAUGUAUUUUUUUGAUUAUAAAUAAAUAUAUCUAUGACUAGAAUG